AUGAGUUACGGCGUGCUGGAAGAUGAUGGGAACUCUGCACCUCUCCCGAUGACCGCGCCAUCCACGAAGGCCUCACAGUCUAACAUGCAAGUGGAUGCCAAUCGCAGUCCUCCCGCUUCUGCUGCGAGGAGGACUCACGUCUCCUCACAAUCCAAAUCCAUGCCGUCCACCCCUUUCCAGCGUCCCGAAUCCCGAUCCUCCCCUUCUCCAGAGCCCCCAGCCAAAAAUGGCUCCCCCCUCUCAUUACCGUCUGACAAGAGCCAUACGCCUCCUGCAGGCCGGAAUCGAUACGGAGGUUGCAAAUACGAAACUGGGAUGCAAAGAGCACGGCGACGCGUUCCUUACUCGUUGGGAUCGGACCCCUUGGAGAAAGUGAAAUCGGAGUUGAAACUCCGAUUGACACGUGAGGAGGACGAAAGGCUGACGCAAGAGGUACAAAAGCUCUAUGAGCAGUUACAACCCACCGCCGAGAGCGAAGAGCGACGAUCCCGGUUCAUUGAAAAACUCGACAAGAUCCUACGGGAGAGGUGGCCCACGUCGUCAAUCAAGGUCAAUGUGUUCGGUUCCACGGGGAACAGUCUGGGGACUGCUGAUUCAGAUGUCGAUAUCUGCAUCACGACAGACUGCAAAGAGAUGGAGCGAGUAUGCAACAUCGCGGAAUUACUCGCCAGGCAUGGAAUGGAAAGAGUGGUAUGCGUUUCUUCCGCCAAGGUGCCCAUUGUCAAGAUCUGGGAUCCCGAUCUGCAAGUCGCUUGUGACAUCAAUGUCAACAAUCCUCUGGCAUUGGAGAAUACCCAAAUGGUGCGGGCCUACGUGAGUAUCGACAGCCGAGUGAGACCUUUGGCCAUGAUCAUCAAGUAUUGGGCGAAAAGGAGGAUAUUGAAUGAUGCUGCGCUGGGGGGCACGCUUAGCUCCUACACAUGGAUAUGUCUUGCCUUGAACUUUCUGCAGACGAGAGACCCUCCCAUCUUGCCCACUUUACAGCAACAGCCCAACUUGCAAGUGAAAGAAGUGGCGGGAGUGAACGUGUCCUUCGACCGCAACGUUGAGGCGUACAAGGACUACGGCAGCCGCAACAAAUCUUCGCUUGGCGAACUCCUCUUUCACUUCUUUCGCUACUAUGGGCACGAGCUCGACUUCGAGCAGAAUGUGGUUUCCGUCAGACUGGGCCGCUGUCUGUCAAAGGCCGAGAAGGCGUGGCAGCUAUUGCAGGACAAUCGCCUUUGCGUCGAGGAGCCGUUCAACCUGUCAAGGAACUUGGCCAACACGGCAGACGACACAUCCAUGCGAGGCAUUCACCUGGAGCUCCGACGGGCUUUUGACUUGAUAGGUGAUGGGAAACUCCUGAAAUGCUGCGAGCAAUUUGUCUAUCCGCCAGACGAGAUCAAGCCUUCGGAGAUGUUCGUCCCACCCUCAGCACGCCCAGUAAUUGCACAAUUUCCGACCCAGGGGUCACGCGGAGGCCGUAAUGCGGCCCGUAGUGCUAGGAGUGCAACUUCGUUGGGCAGGGGUUCGACCGGACGGCGGUCAUCAAACCCUUCCGUACGCAACGCAAACUACGUGCGCAAUCUUCCGUAUUCAAUGAUGACUCAGGAACAACAACUUCAGCAGCAACACCAGCAGCAUCUGCUCCACGAUCAGCUAUUCCAGCAGUACCGAUACCUACAGAUGCAGGAACAGGAACUCAGAAUGCAACUAUAUCAACAGAGUCUACAACAGAGGGGCUUCAUGGCGACGUACGCUCAACAGCCGUACGGCCAAUAUGCCGCACAAGACGACGGCGACGCAAAUGGCAUUGGUCGAGCUCCGCUGUCGGCACCGUUGUAUCAGAACGGCUUCCCUCGUUCACCCUACCUCUCUGCUAGUCAGCUCAACCAAGGUGUGUCCACCAACCCUCCAUCGCCGAGGCUGAAUUCAGGCCUUCCAGAAAUGCGCAGGUAUUCACGGCGCACUUCGGUGACACAGUCAUCCCUAGGAGGGUCGUUGCGGGCGCAGUCACAACCUGCAAGAGCAGUGCCUCUUACUACUCUGGGACAAGUGCAUCGGCCUGACGUCCCCAGUCUGCAGGACGCUGCCACGGAUCGUAGGUCGUCGGCAUCAUCAACGUCUCAGGUGGAAGCGUACGGGGGUACGCUCGAGAACGGCUACGGUAUACUUGGAUCGAUAUAUGAUCCGGUGCGCAGGCCGGCUGAGUAUGUGGGAUAUUACGUCGGUCAACCGCCGUCACUAUCCGCUUAUACCCACAGCACUGGCAUCUCUCCGGUACCGUCGCACGUCGGCCUUGCCAUCCAGAAUGGCGGCCUUUCUCCACAACUCGCCCCAGCCUCCACUCGGCCUUCGGAAGUGAUGCAUACGCCGCCGCUGCAUACGACAGUUCCCACCGUUACAGCCGAACCUCGAUCAGAGCCUGAACCCGCUUCACAGCAGACCGAGCGAGGUCAGAGGCGGGCCGAAGCACCGAAAUCUAGGCCCGGGCCACUGAUUGUAGAUGGCUCGAUCAAUUCUCCGCGGCGAAGGCGUACCACCUUGUCGCUCAACGAUCCGGAGGAUAACGUUAAUAUCAGUGGGUCCACUUCAGAAGAUUUGGCAUUUGACACGCCCUCAAGCUCGGAUGAACAAUCACAAGAUGCUUGCGAAAGUGUGCCUUCCAUCCGGGGAUCGCCCAUCAGCUCCCUGCACGUACAGAAGCACGCCUUUCCCAACGGUAGUUCGGAAUACGUGAAUGGGCACUUGCCACUCACAAACUCGUCCGCGCGGGCUCGCAACGAAGCCGCCAGACCGGCGGACGCAGCGGGGUUAACGGGUCUGGGUGCAACGAAGAAAGCCGGUGGCGUGGCGUGGCCUCUCGACAGACAUCUUUCCUCGGUAGAGGAAGUCCGAACACCUACGCCCAGGGUUGAGACGUUCAAUUGUGGAGAUUCCUCAGAUCACGAUGAUCCCAUGCCUAGUGGUGCGACGGCGUUAAACAACCAAGGGUAUGGUCAUGAGAAAGCUCUUACGUCACGAACCAACGGAAUUGGUGGAAACGCCAGCGGUUCCCCCCAAGGUGCCAGUCCUGCCUUCGGUGUUGGUGGCGGCAGCGGCUGGCAAAUGCAAAAGAAGAAGAAGAGCAAGAGGAAGACGGUCAAGUCGGAAAACGAUGCGCAGCCGGUGAAUCUCUCUAGUGGGGAAACGCCGCCUGCCGACGAAUUCCUUCGAAAAGGCGGUUAG